GACGAUGAGGAAACCGUACCGAUGGGAAUUUUGCAGGAUGAUCUUGCAUUAAGUGGUGAUGAAGAUGACUCAGAAGAUGAAAGCCAGGAUUUAGGUAGCAGUUUCGAUAUGGUAGGUGAUGAAGGCGCUAGUAGUCAGUACGAUGCGGAAUCCGAUUUACUGCAAUCGCAGAUGCAUUCCAGCGGUCAGUUGAAUGCGGAUCUGGCAUUAAGUGAUAGCGACGAGGAUGAUGAUGAUCAAUUCAUGGAGGCAAAAAGGCCAAAACUUGAUGACCUUACCACUCUCUGA